AUGACUCUCCUCGCGAGCGUUCGGCGCCACAGCCUGCGCGUGCAGCAGCGCCUGCACCGCUGGAGCAUCUGCGGGACGGACGGCGGUCAGCUGCUGAGUGAUGGUCCCUCUGCCUCCGCCGCUGGACCACCGCGCUCGCGCUCCUGCUGCUCCGAGGAGCCCCCCGUCCUGUCCCCCAGCGCCAGCGGCCCGUUCACCGUCGUGCUGCUCGGGGACGACGGCGUUGGCAAGACCGCGCUCGCGAGCAUCUUCGCCGGGGCUGCGGACAGCAUGCAGUGCGACUAUGAACCGGACGGAGGUGAGGUUGUCGAGCAGCACAUGCUGGUGGAUGGUGAAAGUGCCACCGUUACCUUACUGGACACGUGGGAUUCCCAGAAUACAGACUGCUGCCCACAGGCUGGAGACGCAUUCAUCAUUGUCUACUCCAUUACAGACAGAGCAAGUUUCCUUCGGGCAGCUGAACUGCGUGUGCUGUUGCGGCGUGAACGUGAGCCUCAUCACACUCCCAUCAUCCUCGUGGGCAACAAGUCUGACUUAGUCCGGAGGAGAGAGGUGUCAGUCAAUGAGGGUCGCACGUGUGCUAUGGUCUUUGACUGUAAGUUCAUCGAAACCUCAGCAGCAAUGCAGCACAAUGUGUGGCCACUGUUCGAGGGCAUCGUCCGCCAGCUCCGCCUGCGGAGAGACAGCGCUGAGGCCAUCAACCGAUGGCAGGCUCAGUACCAGCAGCCUGAGAGCGUUCCCAAGAAGGCCAAACGCUUCAUUGAUAAACUGGUGGCUAAAAAGAAUAAGCAUGCAGCGUUCAAGCUGAAGUCCAAAUCCUGCCAUGAUCUAUCAGUUCUGUGACCUCUUGGCCUCUCCCUGAAGUGUGUGUGUGUGUGUGUGUGAAAAGGUGAUCGAUACAUCAGAUGGCCAAUAUUCUGUGGAUUUGUCAAUCUUGACACAAAUCCUGAUAAAGCACGAUAUUUAGUGGCUUGUUUCAUAAGCUAACAAACCGAACUGAUGGUUUCAUGGUCCUAUAACAUAACAAAAAAAUUUCUAAGAAGAAAACUGAUUAAAAAAUAAGAACAAGGACACUAGACAGUGUUAUUGAUAUGAUGCACUGCUUUAUGAAGCACCAAAAUUUACUUGAGUGCGAAUAGUGCCAUCUUGUGGAGAGUCUUUAGCCUGCUUAACAUGAGUGAGUAAAUUACACGCCAGGUCCAAGUGUUUCACAUCUAAAAUUAAGUUAACAGAAACCAA